AUGCACAGCCUGCAUCAACUGCUCCUAGGUCCUCUGUCCCCGGUGCUUGAACAAAGGCAUUUGCUUGAAAACACGAACUCUUUCUGCCGAAAGGACUCGGUGGAGUGCUGCCGGAAACUGCAGUGUGGGACGGUUAGGGCGCUUCUGCAGAUUCAUCUGGACUAUUUACCGAGGCGUGAGGACCGGCGCGGGACCGCGGAGGGGAGCACAGCGGAAGGAGCCACACUAGGGGCGACUCUAGUUCUGGGAGCCAGACCGCUCUCCCCUAACCUCCGGGAUAGACCUCCUUUUUUGGGCCUUCUGUUCAAGUCAAGCGCAAGCACUCUGAAACUCUACCCGGGAAGCAAGCCUUGUGCUGCCCUCCAGUGCUCUGCUCCAGGCCUGGUUGGGGGAUGGGAAGCAGGAGGUAUAAGGAGGCCCCAGGCUGUCAAAAGACUAGGCGGUGGCUUCCAGGCUCAUCAGAGCUUCACGCAGGUUUUCGCGGGCUCAGAUCAGGGACACAGUGGACUUCUGAGCAUGUUUCCUAUACCUGGGCAGGUCCUGCACCCCCUCAUUGCCAUUCUCCUGCUGCAACUCACAGCUGGGCAUCCCUUCAUCUCUCUGAUGGGCCCAUCUCAGAGGGUAAUCCCAGAAAUAUCAGAACCUUUCAACUGCACUGCUGGCCCCUUCAGCUCUGAAGACUUUAACAUCACCUGGUUUAAGAACAGUGAUGAACAUCCAGCCUCAGCCCAGUACCUGGUGGCUGACAACAAAGGCAAUUACUCCAUCACCAGCAAGGCAUGGGUGACCCUGACUAGAGACGAUGUCUUGUCUCAGAUCACCUGUGAAGUCGCUCACGGGGACCUUGAUGAGCCCUUGCGGAUGACCAUGAACCUCUCCCAAAUGCUCUACAUUAUCCCCUCCUUGAAUAUCACCAAAUCCUCUGAGACCCAUCACCACCAGCAUCAGAAAGUGAACCUCACUUGUCAUGUGAGCCACUUCUACCCUUCCCACCUGAAGCUCAUCUGGAUGAAAAACGGGCACAAGAUCCUGGAGGAAUUCCCUGAGGUCACAAGCAAUCUGGAUGGGACGUAUUCCCUGGAGCACAUGCUGCUGGAAGAGGCCACACUGGAUGGGUGUGAGUUUGCCUGCUGGGUGGUCCAGGGUGACCAGGUCCCAGUCAAGGCAGUCAUCAAUGUGCAGGCCUCUAGCAAGAACAACGGAAGGAUGUCAACAGAACGGAUCUCUGGCAACUUGGAAGGCCCGCAGCAACGUUUUGAGCCAGGCACAAGCAUCCAACUGACAUACACAUUAUCCAGGUUACGCAAAAAUCAUGUUGUGGUGACCUGCCUCAAAAACAACCACAAACUCCCCAAGCCCCAGACCAAGUUUCUCCCUAUUGGAGAUACCUAUAAUGUCACCAGCACUGUAUCUGUCCCACUGACCAAAGAUGAUGUGUUCUCCUUUGUCCACUGCAAGGUCAAGCAGAAUUCCACACUGAUUUUCCAGAAAAACAUCAGCCUGAGCCAGUAUCUCCGUGUGCCCCCUGCAGUGACAGUGUCACACUCUCCAGUCUCUUCUGGCUUGGUGGCCAUUACUUGCCAUGUGCAAAGAUUCUAUCCAGAUAAUGUGCACCUCACCUGGCUGGAGGACUGCCAUAUACUCAAGGGAACUGAGGAUCCUAUUUUCAAGAAUACUGAUGGCUCCUACACAAAGAAAAGCUCACAACUGGUGAACACAUCAGUGCAAGGACCUGAGCGGGUGUUCACCUGCAGAGUGCAGCAAGAGAAACAGCCUACUAUCCAGGCCAGCCUCAUAUUACCCACAGCACUCCACACCAUACACAAGUCCAUUAGGAGCUCAGGUCAAGAGACAUCUGCCUUAAUCUUUGUGAUCUUCCUCCUGGGCCUCAAGGUACUGCUUGUGGUGUGUUUCACAGUCACCUUCAUCUACAGGUGGGGCUUCAAACUCUAUGCAUUCUGUAGGACCUCGGAGUUGGAAGAUUUUUCAAAUUAUGUCCUUGAAACCCUGGAGGUGGGGGCCUACAAUGUGGGAGUGAAAAUAAAGUGA